AUGGGUUCCGACGCGGGCGCCCGCCCUGCUGCCCUUGCGCUCGCUCUCCUUCCACUCGCGUCCGCCUGGUCGAUACCGUCGCUACGGAAUGAGCAAAGACUACACGCAAGAGCAGACGAGAACAAAACAGCAAUCCCCGCCGCGAUAGACAUUGGGCCCAGUCAAUAUUGGGAUGGCGAUGACGGUCCGUGGUCGUCCUUUCCGCUCCAGGUCGGCACGCCGGCGCAGAACAUACGCGCUUUGAUUAGCACACAGGCAAACACCAUCAUCACAGUCGGCACCGAUGGCUGCCCUUCAUUUUACCCAAGCAAUUGCAACGAUUUGCGCGGGCAACUGUUCAAGCCAAAUGAAUCCUUGACUUGGGUGCCCAACAGCAUCUUCAACAUUGGAAUUGAACAGAAUCUUGGAAUGGACACCACGUCUGACGCUUUAUUUGAUACCGUUGUCUUGGGAUGGCAGGGCUCAGGGGGGCCAUCGGUUCAGCAUUCUACAGUCUUCAAUCUUGCCGAUCCGAACUACUGGGUGGGAGCUUUUGGCCUAAGACCGGAUCCUGCAAACUUCACCACCCAGAACGACCCUCAGCCGUCAUUCAUGCAGCAGCUGGUCAACAACAAGACGAUCCCAUCAUUGACUUAUGGCUACACCGCCGGAAACCAGUACAGACUCAGCAAGGUCUUCGGAUCCUUGGUGCUAGGGGGCUACGACCAGAAUCGAUUCGAUGGCACUAAGAAUGUGUCGAUGGGCAUGUAUACUGACAUCAAUCGGGAUCUCCUGAUCUACCUUCAAGGCAUCACCACCGACGCGGGGUCGCCUUCAAAUCUGCUUCCUGACGGAGGAAUCAGCAUCUUGAUCGAUUCCACCAUCGCUCAACUGUGGCUUCCAGAAUCCGCCUGCACGGCUUUCGAACAGGCCUUUGGACUGACAUACGACAACACCUCCGAAUUUUACCUCGUCAACUCGUCUCUCCACGACACCCUCCAAGCGCAGAACGCCAACGUCACCUUCACUCUCGGAGCACAGCAGACCGGCGGCUCGACCGUCGACAUCGUCCUUCCCUACGGCGCAUUCGAUCUGUCGGUCAAGUUCCCCAACGUGCAAAAUCCAAACACUUCCAUGUAUUUCCCGCUCAAAAGGGCAGCGAACGACACACAGUACACCUUAGGCCGUACUUUCCUCCAGGAGGCUUACUUGAUUGCGGAUUACGACAACCACAACUUUACAGUCGCGCCGUGCAUUUGGGACAGCGACAAGGUCUCCAGCUCAAGCCUCAAGAGCAUCCUCCGCGCGAACGAGACCUCAUCAGCCAAUAACGGCGGUUCAUCAUCCAACACCGGAGCAAUCGCAGGAGGCGUCGUCGGCGGCGUCGUCGGCGCGGUCCUCAUAAUCGGCGCCAUAAUCUGGUUCCUGCGCCGCAAGAAGCAAACCGCGAAGAAGCGCCUCGCGGAGCUCGAAGCGACCAACGCCCCCGGCGGCAAAUCCAGCCAAGACUCAGCCAACGAAGGCAAGCCCUUCAUCUCGCAGCCCAUGGGUGGCGAGCUCGGCGGCGGCGAAAUCCACGAGCUCAACUCCACCCACAAGCCGUUCGCGCAGGAGAUGGAGUCGCCCUUCAAGAUGGACCCCAACAAGCACGGAUACUCGGAGAUGGACGGCGGUGGGGAGUUUUAUGGACCCAAUGCCAAGAAUCAUGCGGCGGAGAUGCAUGGUGAUACGCCUGUGUUUGAGAUGCCGGGGAGUGAUGUUCAUGAGAUGCCGACGCCGGAGGUGAGGCCGCAGGAUCGGAAGCCUUGA